AUGAUUAGCAUGAGUGACGACAGAGAGAAAGACUCCAUCAGCGAGGCUCAGCGAAGCCACGACGAAGGAAUGGAGUUUCCAGAAGAUCCAGACGCCCAUCUCACGGCGGCCGAGAAGGCCGAAGUGGACCGCAAGUUACUCUGGAAGCUAGAUAAGAAGCUGAUGCCAUGGCUUUGUUUCCUUUACCUCCUCGCCUUUCUCGACAGAACGAACAUUGGCAAUGCCAAAAUCGCCGGUCUCUCUGAAGACCUCGGCCUCACCAUCUCGUCUUACAAUGCCACCCUCACCAUCUUUUUUGUGUCGUACGCCGUCUUUGAACCCAUCACCAAUAUCAUGCUAAAACGAUACCGGCCCUCGGUCUUCAUCCCCAUCAUCAUGGUGCUCUGGGGCGCAAGCAUGCUAGGAAUGGGCUUCGUCAAAAACUGGUCCGGCCUCAUGUGCGCCCGCUGGUUCCUCGGCCUCACCGAAGCGGGCCUCUUCCCCGGCGUGAAUUACUACCUCUCGUGCUGGUACAAGCGUUCUGAAUUUGGCCUGCGCGCUGCCGUCUUCUUCUCGGCAGCUGCCUUGUCCGGCUCGUUCGGUGGUUUACUCGCUGCUGCCAUCGAAAAUAUGCACGGCAUCGCUGGCCUCCCAGGCUGGGCCUGGAUUUUCAUUCUGGAGGGCCUCCUUACCAUCAUCGUCGGUAUCAUGUCCUUCUGGCUAGUCUACGACUUUCCCACCGAAGCCAAGUUCUUGUCUGAAGUUGACAGAGCGAGAGUUGUCAGGAGGCUAAAGUUUGACAAGCAGAGCUCGGCGGAGAAUGAAAAGUACACCAACAGUGCGCUGUGGGAGAGUCUGAAGGAUUGGAAGAUGUGGCUCGGGAUGGUGAUUUACAUGGGGUGUGACAUGCCGCUUUACGCGUUUUCUCUGUUCCUGCCGACGAUUAUCAGCGAUAUGGGUUGGAACACGUCUGUCAUUCGAGCGCAGCUUAUGAGCGUGCCCCCGUAUGCAGCAGCUGCUAUCCUGACGGUUGUUAUCGGUUUCAUCGCCGACAGGACAAGACAGAGAGGCCUCUGCAACAUUCUGGUCUCAGUCUUGGGGGUGGCGGGGUUCGCAAUGUUACUGGCGAGCGAGGAUGCAGCGGUCAAGUAUGUCGGCACGUUUCUCGGAGCGUUGGGGAUCUACCCUUGCAUAUCGAACACUAUCUCGUGGAUGGCAAACAACACCGAGGGGGUUUACAAGAGGGGGGUGGUGAUGGGGUUUGUGAUUGGGUGGGGAAAUCUGAACGGGGUAGUGAGCAGUAAUAUCUUCUUCAACGGGCCGAGAUUUGUGGAGGGACACGCGGUAAUUAUUGCGUACAUGGCGGUCUUCCUCUUUGGGGGGUCGGUGUUGAUGACGGUGCUGUUGAGGAGGGAGAAUGCGAAACGGUUGAGGGGGAAGAGGGAUUAUCUGGUGGAGGGCAUGAGCGAGAAGGAGAUGGAGAGAUUAGGAGACAGGAGGCCGGAUUUUAUUUAUACGGUUUGA